CCAGACGAGCUGACCAACGCCUUGGAGAUCAGCAACAUUGUCUUCACAAGCAUGUUUGCCCUGGAGAUGCUCCUGAAACUCCUUGCCUUUGGCCUCUUUGGCUACAUCAAGAACCCAUACAACAUCUUUGAUGGGAUCAUAGUCGUCAUCAGCGUGUGGGAGAUCAUUGGCCAGUCAGAUGGGGGCCUCUCUGUGCUGAGGACCUUUCGGCUGCUCCGGGUGCUGAAGCUGGUGAGGUUCAUGCCCGCUCUCCGUCGCCAGCUGGUGGUCCUGAUGAAGACAAUGGACAACGUGGCCACCUUCUGCAUGUUGCUCAUGCUCUUCAUCUUUAUCUUCAGCAUUCUAGGCAUGCAUCUUUUUGGAUGCAAGUUCAGCCUGAAAACUGAUACAGGAGAUACAGUUCCAGACAGAAAGAACUUUGAUUCCUUACUCUGGGCCAUUGUGACUGUAUUUCAGAUCCUCACCCAAGAGGACUGGAACGUGGUCCUGUACAAUGGGAUGGCAUCUACAUCCUCCUGGGCAGCACUCUACUUUGUGGCCCUGAUGACCUUUGGCAAUUAUGUGCUCUUCAACCUCCUUGUUGCCAUCCUGGUAGAAGGCUUCCAAGCUGAGGGCGAUGCCAACAGGUCAGACACAGAUGAGGACAAGACAUCUGCCAACUUUGAUGAUGAUUUUGAGAAGCUGAAGGACCUCCGAGCAACAGAGAUGAAGAUGUACUCCCUUGCUGUCACCCCCAACGGGCACUUGGAGGGCAGGGGCAGCAUGCCCCCCCCUAUAAUCAUGCGCACUGCUGCCACACCAAUGCCCACACCAAAGUGUUCCCCACACGUGGACUCCAUGCACACGUUGGUGGACUCGAGGAGGGGCAGUAACGCUUCCCUGGAUCCCCUGAGCUACGAUCAGAAGUCCUUGUCCAGCCUCCGCAGUUCCCCUUGUGCCAACUGGGGCACGGGCAGCAACUGGGGAAGCCGCCGCUCGAGCUGGAACAGCCUGGGCAGAGCCCCGAGCCUCAAGAAGAAGAACCAGUCAGGAGAAAGAGAAUCCUUGCUCUCUGGGGAGGGAAAAGGCAGCACAGAUGAUGACUCUGACGACGCCAAGUCCAGCACGGUCAGCAGGCCCUCGCUGCACCGCCGGGCGGAGUCCCUGGACUACCGCAGCUCCCUGGACCUGCCCGAGCUGCUCCAGUUGCCCACCCCAGGGCACUCGUUCAGCCUCAGCCCCGUGGCCAUCCUGCCCACGGAGUACCAAGACUGCAAUGGCAAGCUGGUGCACGUGCCCAGCGAGCUCUUCCUGCGCCUCGAUGGCCAGAAGGAGGACGCUGGGGACUACGAGGAGGACAUGGAGGAUAGUUACUGCUACCGGAUCCGCAAAGUCCUGGAGCCCUACAAACCACAGUGGUGCAAGACUCAUGAAGACUGGUCCCUCUACUUGUUCUCCCCACAGAAUAGGUUCCGAGUGAUGUGCCAGAAAGUCAUUGCUCACAAAAUGUUUGAUCACGUGGUGCUGGUCUUCAUAUUUCUCAACUGCAUCACCAUAGCACUGGAGCGACCAGACAUAGACCCACACAGCAUGGAAAGGAUCUUCCUAAGUGUUUCUAAUUACAUCUUCACUGCAAUCUUUGUGGCUGAAAUGAUGGUUAAGGUGGUAGCUCUUGGCUUUUUCUCUGGGGAGAACACCUACCUGCAGAGCAGCUGGAACGUCCUGGAUGGAGUCCUGGUCUUUGUGUCUAUCGUUGACAUUAUUGUCUCCAUGGCAUCAGCAGGUGGAGCUAAGAUCCUGGGUGUCCUUCGUGUCUUGAGGCUUCUGAGGACCUUGAGACCUCUCCGAGUCAUCAGCAGAGCCCCAGGUCUGAAGCUGGUGGUAGAAACCUUGAUCUCCUCCUUGAGGCCUAUUGGGAAUAUUGUUCUCAUCUGCUGUGCUUUCUUCAUUAUCUUUGGGAUUUUAGGGGUCCAGCUUUUUAAAGGCAAGUUCUACUACUGUGAUGGUCCUGAUGUAAAAAACAUCACUACGAAGAGCGACUGCACCAACGCACACUACAGAUGGGUCAGGAGGAAGUACAACUUUGACAAUCUGGGACAGGCUCUCAUGUCCUUGUUUGUCCUCUCCUCCAAAGAUGGCUGGGUGAACAUCAUGUACGAUGGUCUGGAUGCUGUGGGUAUUGACCAACAGCCCAUCCAGAACCAUAACCCUUGGAUGCUUCUCUACUUCAUCUCCUUCCUGCUCAUCGUCAGCUUCUUCGUGCUCAACAUGUUCGUGGGGGUGGUGGUGGAGAACUUCCACAAGUGCCGGCAGCACCAGGAGGCGGAGGAGGCGCGGCGGCGGGAGGAGAAGCGCCUGAGGCGCCUGGAGAAAAAGCGCAGGAGUAAGGAGAUGUACCUGUCUGGUCGGUAG